AUGUCGCUCCGUGGGUCUGUACGUUCGGUCAAUCGCACAGCAUGGAUGCUGCGCGUUUCCAGAGGACGCCAGUCCUUCUACACGCGACCUAGGACAUUCCAUCCGCUCCAAAGCUCGCAUGCCCUACCGGAAGACCUCAAUAGGGAAUUAUUACAACCUCGCUUCUUCUCAGCAUCCAGACCGCGGUAUGACGCGAACACCGUUGUAUGUGUGCCAGCUAUGGCCGAGUCCAUCACCGAAGGAACCCUCGCACAACUAAGCAAACAAGUUGGAGAUCUCGUUGAACAAGACGAGGAGCUCGCCACUAUUGAAACUGACAAGAUUGAUGUAUCUGUGAACGCGCCUCACUCUGGAAUUAUUCAACAAUUACUCGUGGCUGAGGGGGAUACCGUCACAGUGGACCAGGCAAUUGCAGAGAUCAAACCCGCAGAAGGAUCAUCUGAACAACAACAAGAACAUAAGGUGGCGGAAAAGUCGAAGUCAGAUUCGGAUGCAGCAGAGGCCAAAAACGAACCACCGUCUCGACCUGAUAUGCCAUCACCCGCCUCAAAGCCUACUUCAACGGAAGAACAUCAGGUGUCCACGUAUUUCCCAUACCCAGCUCAAUCAGACAAACAUAAGAAGGAUCCAGAUACGAAGAAUGGCAGUUCUAAGCCAAGGAGGGGAGAGGAAAAGGUCAAAAUGACUCGGAUCCGACAGAAGACUGCCCAACACUUGAAACAAUCGCAAAACACUGCUGUAUUUUUGACAACAUUCAACGAAAUUGACAUGUCACAAUUGAUAGAGUUCCGAAAGAAACAGGGGCCUACAGUUUUAGCAAAAUACGGCGUGAAGCUGGGAUAUAUGGGUGCCAUGGCUCGAGCAUCUGCUCUCGCCCUCCACGAAAUUCCUUCUGUGAACGCGGCGAUUGAGAACGGGGAUACUAUUGUAUAUCGGGAUUACGUGGACCUCAGUGUUGCUGCAGCUAUCCCAAAGGGUCUCGUGACGCCUGUUCUCCGAAACAUUGAGUCGAUGAGCAUCGUGGAAAUCGAAAAGGGUAUUGCGGACCUCGUGGCAAAGGCCCGAGACGGCAAGCUUACGAUGGGCGACCUGAUGGGAGGUAGCUUCACAAUUAGCAACAGCGGCAUCUGGGGCUCCUUGUUCGGCACACCGAUUAUCAAUAUGCCACAGACGGCCGUACUUGGGACGUACGGAAUCCGAGAGCGACCAGUCGCAAUUGAUGGCCAAGUCGAAAUUCGACCAAUGAUGUAUAUUGCUUUGACCUACGAUCAUCGGAUUAUUGAUGGAAGGGAAGCAGUGCAGUUCCUUAACCUGAUAAAGCAGUCUUUGGAACAACCUUCGAGUAUGCUCCUUCACUAA